CAGGGCGACCACACCCGUUUCUAUUCCGCUUCAAUCGAACCUCGAGGAAAAGAAGGUGAACCUUUUUCUUUCUUUUUUCUACAUGUUCUCAAAACCUAACCCAUUUGAAGAAUCUGUCGCUGCUGCGACCAACGAAAAUCUCACAUCUGAAAACUGGGAGCUUAUCCUGGGUGUUUGUGACAAGGUUUCUCGAGGAACACCUGAAAAUGCCCGGGAUUGUGCUACUGCUGUUACCAAGCGAUUUACCAGCCGGAAUGCCAACGUCCAACUGUACGCCUUGGCUUUAUCAGAAGCAUUGGUGAAAAACUGUGGUAUUACAGUACACCGAGAGAUUUCGUCCCGCGUGUUUACAAAUGCGUUGAGCAAGCUUAUUCAUGAUAAAACUACGCAUGAAAGUGUGCGCAAAAGAGCACUUGAACUUAUUCAAGUAUGCUCCCUGGAAUUCAGCACCGAUUCGAGCCUUGGACUGAUGAAUGAAGUCUAUCAUUCACUUCGUGCAGAAGGGAUUCAAUUCCCCAACCCACAGAAGCCAAAGAAAGAAUAUACCCAGACCGAGUUGGAUAAGCAAAAGGAAGAGGAAGAGCUUCAGUUGGCACUUGCGUUGUCAUUGUCGGAAUCCGAGAAACGAUCUACUUAUCGGGCUUCUUCUUCUGUUACCAAGGCAACCGCAUCGUCGGCAUCUAAUGUUGGUACUACGGACGCUGCUGCAGCACCAAAGCCCAAGCAAGAUGUUGCUCCAAAAGUAUCGCGGGUGCGCGCGCUUUAUGAUUUCCAGCCUACCGAACAAGGCGAAUUGGGUUUUCAAAAGGGCGAUAUUAUCCGAGUUAUUGAGAGUGUCUACCGCGAUUGGUGGAAGGGAGAACUUCGAGGACAAAUGGGCAUUUUCCCUGUGAAUUACGUGGAAAAAAUUGUGGAUCCCUCGCCAGCAGAUUUGCUAAAGGAAGCACAAAUGGAAGCCGAAGUAAUGGGUGAGCUCCAGAAUGUGGAUCGUCUUUUGGAUAUGUUGACACGCAUCGACCCGCAAAAGGAUGCAUUCUCGGAAAAUGAAGAAUUACAGAACCUGUACAAUAAUUCACUCGCUAUCCGCCCCAAGCUCGUGCGUUUAAUUGAAAAAUACAGUCUAAAGAAAGAUGAACUGAUUGCCUUGAAUGAAAAGUUCUUGCAUGCUCGAAGCAUGUACGAUAGAAUGUUGGGAUCGUCGCUUGCCAAGUACACAUCUCCAGGUGCCCCAAGUGGCCAUGAAUAUUCGACGCCUCAGCAGACGCAAGGUUACGGCGUGUACCCACCCCAACAACAGCAGCAACAACAGCCAAUGCCACAGCAGCCCACAUAUAGCGGUGGUCCUCCAUCUGAGAGCAGCUAUCAAGCUUAUCAGCAGCAACCUCCUCAACAACUGCAACAACAACCCACCGCAUACCCACAAGGCUAUCCCCAUACUCAAGCUUCUCCUGGCGUGCACCAUCAGCAGCAACAGUAUCCGCCUGCUAUUCAGCAGCAGCAGCAGCCACCGCAGCAGCAGCCACCCCAACAAAUGCCUCAACAAUCUCCACAGCAGGCGCCUCCACCUGCUUAUGGAUAUCCUGAAACUGCGCCAGUACAGCAGCAACAGCAGCCUCAAUCACCGUCUAAUCCACCUGUGGAGCAACCCGUUGCUCAACAACAGCAACCACAGCAAGCUUAUGCUCAAGUUCAACCCAGCAGCACUCCCGUUUCAUAUCCCGCACAGCCAUCCUAUUCCACGCCGUACCCUCCUCAACAGCCCCAGCAACAGCAGCAACCAGAACAACAACCACAACAAAGCUACAAUCCCUAUGGUAUGGGCACACCCAUGACUCCUCAGCAACAGCACCCACAGCCUACUGCGUAUCCGCAGUAUCCCCCUCAGCAACAACACACUGGCGCCAACCAGCAAGCUUAUGCUCAGAACUACUAAUAGUUUAGUCUUGCCGAUUCCUGCUGAAAUAAAUAAUUUGACUGGAUAAACUUUUGACAGCUCUGUCUGUCCUUGUCGC